GCUGUUCGAGGAUCACCACGAGCGUGUUUUCUUGAUAAGGAUGUCGCGUUGCGAGUGUCGAUUAUUUGAUAGUUUGGUGGAAUAAUUAGAAAAAGAGCAGAAUGCAAUUGCAGCGAUUGUUGGUAAUUCUAGGAGUUCUUUUAAUGUUGUCCUUGCUGGUAUGUUGUCAAUCUGCUAGCAAAAUUACAUUUCAAGAUGGCGUUUCUGAACAACAAGCAAAAAAACAAGAAAACCUUGAAGAAACUUCAUCGCAACAGAGAGGAUUUAAUCCUGCUCAACAUGUAGAAGAUCUAUUCCAUUAUAUCGGUCUUGGAACUGGGCGAAAUGUCGAUCCAUACUUGGCAAAAGUUAAUGAACGUUGUAUAACUGGCGAUUUAGCUGAAUGUUUCAAAUCUCAAGCGUUAAAUUAUUUUUCGGACUUUUUCGAUCACGCCGAAUAUUCUUUAAGUGAUUAUGUCCGAGUUAAACGAAUGUCCGAUCGAGUGGUAACGGAAAUAAAUCGUCAGCCAUACGAAUAUUCUAACGAACCUAGAUCCGGUGAAACAGAAUGGGAUCAAAUGAUUAACUUUAUAAAAAGGAAAACGGAAAGAUUUGUCAAAACAAUGUCCUUUGAAUUGACUAUACCUGAUACAGAGACUGGUCGCAAUGGUUCAUAUGAGCCAAGAUUUCUGGAUGAAAUUGCUGAUGAGAUCGAUACACUUGAGAAUAAGAAGGAUACUUUAUUUUCUCGCCAUCAAUUCAGGAAGCUUUUAAUACCGGUUUUACUUGUUUUAAAACUUUUCAAAUUAAAGAUAUUACUCUUCUUGCCUUUGAUUUUGGGAUUAGCUUCGUUUAAGAAGUUUCUAGGAUUCCUGGCAAUCAUCAUACCCGGUCUAAUAGGUUUCUUUAAACUUUACAAACCGUAUCAAAAUUAUUACCCGCCAGUUUAUACUAAAAACGGCAUUGCGCACCCUCAUUACGGAGUACAUCCGGAUAUUGAUUAUCAUUAUGGAAAUGCAGAAUCUUAUGGUCAAGAUUUGGCAUAUCGUGGAUAUCAACAUUAUAAAUCGUAAAUAAUUGACUUAUUUAUUAUAUUAUCAGAAAGCAGGUAAUAAUUAAAAGCUGAAUUUUUAUAAAGUUAUAAAAAUUUUAUAAAAAAUGUUAUAAAAGUUAUUAAAUGCGACGUUGAUUUUAAUCUGCUUGCAAGAUUAUUAUCAUGUUUAAACUACUUAUUUUUAUAUAAGAAAAUCAUACUUUUUAUAUUUUUAUUAUAUAUAUUGUAUAUGUAUGUGAAUGAAUGAAAUAUGUUGUAUAUAUAGUUGAAAUGUAAAUGUGUAAUUCUAGUGCUGCGUUCUGAUAUUCACUGCCAGUAAUGAAAAGCUAUAGUUUAAACUAUAGAUUUGAUGUAAACUAUACAUUUUCAGUAUUGGCAGUUAAUAUUGAAACGCAGAUUAAAUACCUU